AUGCCCAACACCAACCUCUGCUUGGACAAAACGAAGUAUGAGCUAAUUUCUGGUGCGGCCGCCACAAGGACACGUAACAGGAUGCUUCUGGGGAGCAGUCUGGGGCUGUUUGGGAUCUUCCUUCUGGCCCUCCUCAUCGUCAUCCCCUGCUUCCAUUAUAAGGCCAAACGCCGCAAGAUCCGAGAAGCCCUGAAGUCCGUCUACACCAAUAAGGCAGCACCUGAUAUGAAGAGUCAGGCAGCCAGUCGCGAGCCGAACAUGGGUCGUUUGGAGAUCAUCAAUUCUGACGACCUGCAGUUUGAUGAAUCCUCAACACCACUGGGCACGGGCGCUUUUGGUGCAGUGUACAGAGGUAAAUGGCGGGUACCCAAGCGCAUUCUCGCCGAGUACAACUGGCCACGCAGUACGGAUCUGGACGUGGCCAUAAAAGUGCUCACGUCUCCCGGUGACCCCGUGAGGGGUACUGCCAGCGGUAGAGCAGUGACCGCGGAGAACAGCGAUACAUCUCCUGAGGCCAAAGUCAUGGAGCGGAUAACGAAAGAGAAUAAUCUCAACGAAAUGCUCAGUGAAGCCAAGGUGAUGGCCUCAGUUUCGCACCUGAACUGCCUUCCUCUCAUUGGCGUCUGUCUUACGAAGAACAUGCAGUGUAUGGUUUCCGCCUUUGUCGAGCUUGGCAGCAUGGAUCGCUACCUACGUGAGAACAAGGACAGCCUGAACAGUUACACCUUGCUUUCCUGGGCUGAGCAGAUCGCUGACGGAAUGGCCUAUCUGGAGGCCCGUGGGAUAAUUCAUAGGUCAGUUCAAAUCGUCAGUUUGCCUCCAACACCUCUACCAAGGGCACCAUAA